GACAGUAGAUAGAUUACUAAAAAUAGACUUUCACAAGGAAGAUCGCUGAUUUAUAAUUUUCGUCUGAUGCCAAAAAGUGAAAGUUUCGUCUUCUCGUCGUCAAAUCAGGGCUAUCGGAUUGAAUUUGAAACAAGACAAUUUUCUUACCAAGUGUAUUUUGAUCGUCAAAUUGUAACACAAUGGGAAGAAAAAAGAUACAGAUCUCCCGUAUCGGAGACGAAAGGAAUCGUCAGGUGACGUUCACGAAAAGAAAAUUUGGGUUGAUGAAGAAAGCAUACGAGUUAUCUGUACUUUGUGAUUGUGAGAUUGCCCUUAUUAUUUUCAACAGCUCGAAUAAGUUAUUUCAAUAUGCCAGCACUGAUAUGGACAAAGUACUUCUUAAAUACACUGAAUAUAAUGAACCACACGAAAGCCGAACCAACGCUGAUAUUAUCGAGAUGCUGAACAAGAAAGAAAACAAGAAUUGUGAUAGUCCAGAUCCAGAAUCAACAGGUUAUAUGUUGACUCCAAAUACACUGAAACGUUACGAAACAAUCAACCAGGAAUUUGAUGACAUGAUGAAGAGUGUGCGUCCACAACAAACAAUACCAUCACACCACAUACAUGGAGCGGGAGGAGAUUUCAUUCCCAUGCCUGUCACUGUCCCAGUGUCCAGUCAGGUUGGACUAGGAGGUAACUAUGGACAUAUGCACCACUUGAUUCAGCACCCAGACCCGAACUUGUUGCACCCACCGCACCCUCAUCAUGGACGUCACAGUACAAGCCCACUGCCGCGGAGCCCGCUUGCAAGUCCGAGCCGAUCUCCAUCUGGUGGAAUGUAUGGGUCUGACAUGAGUGUUAUGUCUGAUGCUUCCUCGCCGGCAGGACCCAACAACGGCUACAGCAGUAUACAACGAACCUCUCCUUCUAUAGUACAUAUGGACCGUACAUCCCCGAUGCCUCAAAAACAAAUAGGGUCAAUACCGAAGCAGCAACAAUCACCACGACAACCAUCACCAACUAGGAAAACAGGACCAUUACAUCUCAGUAUACCAGCAUCAAGAAGUGGAAUGGAAGGAAUAGAUAACCAGCAAUUGUCCACACCCAUUGUUAGUCUAGCAACACCCAGCGUUCAACCUGGUAAUAUGUAUCAGCACACCUAUAAUCCUAAUGAAUAUAUGAUACAUGGCGGUGAAGGGUUCGCAGGAUUUAGCACACCAAAUUUACUUGCCAACAUGCAACAACAUUGGCCACAUCAUCACUCAGCAAUUGCAGUUACAAGUUCUCAACUACAACAUCCAUCAAGAAUCGAGGAUCCAAACAUGAGUGGAAUGCAUCAUGGGUCAGGAAAUGUUCAUUCUUUUAAUAUAAAAAGAGAACCAGCCUCUCCUCCUGACAAAGGAAAUCCAGAGGUUGGAAUGAGAAGACCUCCACCUAACAGGUCACCAAUGGAAAUCAUGGGUUCAUAUGGAGUUGCAGAUGAUGGUGGAGGAAUGAUGCUUGAAAACGGUGAAACAUCACAAAAACGGCAGAGACUCGACCCAAAUCCUGGGCAAGGUACGGCAGAGUGGGCGACUUGAUACUCACUCUUACUGUCAUUGUGACAACUAAUGAACGUUAUGACAUGAGGUUCUUUUAUGGAUCUCACCACUUCCGGCCGCUUGUCGCCCGAAACAAAAACAAGGACACUCAGAGGGUGGAUGAAAUUGUCGUUGGGCCACUCUGAGAUAGUACCACGCCGAUUUCUGCCAACAUUGUAGUUCCAUUUUUGUGAUUUGUUUGAAAAAUAAGGUGAACUUUUUGUGACUUGUCGAUAGUGUAAAAUGUCUUGAUUGAUUAGAAAAUAGCAACUAUGCCGCGCUAGAUGUUUGAUAUUUUCUAACACUUCUGGGGUGAAGGCUUCAGUUGUUGGAUUUCAUUGUGGAUGGUUUGAGCUAUCAUACCGAGAUAUAAUUUUCAUUGAUCUCAGCUUAUUUCUUGUGCUUUCAGUCAUCAAUAACAAAGGUAUGUCAAUCUCCAAACAGAUUAUUAUUAUUUUAUAACUCUUCUUUGCAGUUCAUUUUCACCUUAAAUUCUCUGCCUCCAUUACCCAGCAAAAUUUUGAUUUAUGCCAAAAAUUGUUUACCAGGUAUUAUCAUAUAAAGAAGGUUAAAUUUCCAAAAAAAAUGUUCUAUUUUAUAUACAACUUUUGCAAAGCUCACACAUGAAUAUUUGUAUAAUGAAUCAUGAAGAAUAUAUUUCAAAUAGGUCUAUGACUUGCAAACUUUGUUUUACUAAUUUAUGAAAUAUGAUCAUUUUUCUUUCUCUGCACUAACUUUUUAAGCAGUUGUAUUUGCAAUGUUCAUCUUUCUUAAUUUACUUAUUAUCUAUUUUCUUUUGGCGGUUUCAACCACCAAAGAGCAGAUUUUGCACCUCAACCAUAGGCAACCAACCUGUCCAUGGUUUUUAUUACAAAGUAGGGGCGAGAUAGUUAUAGAAAGGAAAAAAACAAUGACGUAGAUUAGCAUUCCCAAUGAAUGUAUAUGACACAAUAUAUUGAUAUUUGUUUGAACAUCUUUAUAGAUUUUGAAAUCUUCCUUCUAUUUUUCGAUCUGACAAUAUUCAAAGUUGUUCUCUUAGAAAGCAAAUAAACAUUUAUCCUUUCAUAUUUUUACUGUCGACAAAAUCGAUUUUUUCUUAAAGCCAAAACAAUAAUUGGUUGUCACUUGUCAAUAUUUAUCAAAAAAUUGAUAGUAUAUUUCUAUCAACAUUUUUGGGCGUCCGGUAGUUACUAUUUAAGUCUUUUGUUAUCUGUUUUCUGCCACAGGUCUAAACAGUGAAAAAAAUAAUUAAUUUGAAAUGUUGAACUCUUUGCUCAAAAUUGUUAUGUAUCUUUGAACUACACCAGACAUCUCCUAGUUUCUAAGUAUUAAACUCCGCAGCAAAAAUUACCAGUUUUGGUAUAUUUGGUCGAUUGAACUCUCUCAAUAUCUUUCCAUCUGUUGUAUCAAAGAUUUUUUUCUCUUUAUGAUAAUGUCCAUACUAGCUUUUGGCAACUGUUUAUUCCGUAAUGCGUUCAAUGCGUUCAGCCCCAAACCAAUUGCCAAUAUGGUUCAACUACAAAACUACUAUAUAGUUAUUUGCCAAACACUGUAUCAUCACUAUUAGAGUUCAACUUGAAAAACUGGCAAAAAUAAACUUGGGAACCUUUUAAACUACUGGACCGGAUGAAGUUUUAAUAUUUGCCCGAACUGCCUAAAAGAAGUUCUCAUUUAGUUUUACUAAGGCUCUAAUAUUUUGAUAUUGGUAUUUUUUCUACAGAUUACAAUAUUUUGUGUCUUAUCAGCAACAAAAGUUCUUGCAAAAAUAUAAAAUGUUGAUUCUAAGAAUCUAUUUUUCAGCAAAAAAUUUUUGAAUGAUCAUUGUAUUUUUUGCGAACUAAUGCUGAGUUUUAUUUUUGUACUUGUCCCUUCAACUGCCUGAUUAUGUUUUUCUGAAAAAAUUUUGUUCUCAAAACUGAAAUUCUCAAUGAAAAUUAUGAUAUGAUAUGACUAAUGAUACAGGUACAGCUGAAUAAAAAAACGUUUUUUUUUAUUAGAAACAUUUCAAUAAGUAGGUGCUGCAAUAGCACAAAUUUCAUAAACCGGUUUUCAUUUUCAUAAGAUGAUAUUUUUUGUGUAAUAGUGGAGGGAACUCUCUGUAACUAUGUUCAAAUCACCACAGUUUUAUUACCUAUCUGGCGAUAAAAUAGGCUCACAUUAUGUCUGAUUUUUAGAUCAUUCACUGAACAUAACCGGCCAAGUCAUUUUUUUUAAAGGUAUUUUUUUUUAUUUAAUAUGACUUUUCGUUUCAAACAUUUUUAUCCGCGGAUUGCCUCCCAUGUUUUUAUUCGAAGUGAACGAUGUAAAAAAAAUUUUCUUUGUCCUUUGCGACUGUAAUAUCAA